GGGUUGAUCAAGUUGAUUAAACAACCCAAAAAGGUAGUCAUCUUUGUUCAUUGAUUGCUUUUAUACUCUACUGAUUAACAUAUAUUUUCUGUGAAAGAUGCAUUAAAGGGAUCUACCUCACAUCUUUUUACAACUUGUUAGAGUUCAAUUCGUUACUCCUCCGUCUAAUAAUAUUUGGUUGUAGUAUUAUUUUUGUUGAGUAAAUAAAAUGAGGUGGAAAAACUAUCAUAAUGUACUUCGAUAUCGAGUCUAAAGCAUAUUUUAUUUGCACCACAAGUUGGUUCUUUGAUAUUAAUAGUAUUUACCCGUUCAUGUAAAAUAUUUCUUUCAUAUGCUUUCUCUGUCUUAAAAUUAUUGUCCAGUUUGAAAUUUUACUUUUAGUACAAUUUAAACUACAAAUUAAAAUUUAAACUGGACAAAUAAUUAUAGGAUAGAGGGGAUACUUAUUUAAUUGAUGAAUACAUUGGACGUUUAUUUUGAAAUGUAACGAGGGCUCGCUGCAUUUUUUCGAAAUACAGCACAACUAGAAAAUAAAUUCUGGUCUGGGGUGUUACCAUCAAGCACGAAUUAUGCCCAAAAUUCAUUCUACUAAUUUUUGAACGCCAGUUGCAUCGGAGUGGACCCGAAUACCUUUUCCUAAAUCAAAUCAGCCCCCCACACCCAACAUCAUAUAGCUUAGGUUUUCACUAACAACCAUAUUUUUACAUCAUUAUUAGCAUACACCUUUUCUCCUCCUUAAAAUAAAAUACCCAUCAAAUCAGAUAUCACAUCACCCCUCCAAGAAAAACAAAAUAAAAUAAAAUAAACGUCCCAAACAAAUACAGUUAAUUCAGAACUUUCUGGAGCCACUACAAGAGUAGGGAAGAAAUAUCUACCUCCACAAGCCCAAAUCACAGCCGUUCAUCCAACACUAUCCUUAUCCAACCCUUCCAAAAGAAAUUAUUAUUAAAGAAAAAAACAGGAGAAAGUUUCAUUUUUUAGUUUUACUUUACUCAACCAAGUUGCAACAAAAUUUUUUUAAAAUUUCCCCUCCAUUUAUAUAAAUAAAUAGUCUUUUGCUGUGUGCUAUGUUUUUUUCUGGAUGGUUCUGUAGCCUUAGCGUGAAGGGAGCUCAUUUUGUUUCUCUUUUUUUUUUUUGGCCUAUCUCCAAUGCUUUGCUAAGGUUCCGUGUCCAUUUCCCAUUUCUUCCCUUCAUUUGCAUCAUCUUCAAAAGCACCUUAAAUUAGUUCCACUUGAACGAUCGGUGGGUCUUCUUAGUAUUUGUUAAAUUUGUCGGCGAGAGAAAAAAAGGGUUUUUUUCUUAGUGUAUACAACAUUUGCAUCGUCUUCUUUCAAUUCCGGCGGAAAGAAAUUGGGUUGCGGUGGGUUGUUUUGAGUUGGGAAGUUCGAAUUUGCAUUCAUUUUGUUGGCGUUAAAAGGAGUAUACUUUGGGGGCAAAUUUGGGCAGCAUUUCGACCCGUUGAGCAUGCAUGAUUCAGUCGCUUUUCUUUUUCCUCUUCGGUGAGUUGCGGUGAAGCUGAAAUUGGAUAAAUUGAUGGGGGCAGAGGAGGAGUUUCAGUACUCUUUUUCAUUUGGUUUUGAGUGAGUGUUUCUCUUUUUGCAGCAUCCUUUUUUUAAAAAUUUUUUUUUCCCUAUUUUGGGCGUUGAUCGUGCGAAAGAUUGAAUUUUGUGAGCUUUAAUUGUGCGAAAUAGUGGUUUUUUAAUCUGGGGGGUCGAAAUUCGUUGGAUUCGUUUACAAUUCGUCGACAAUUCAGAACAAUUUUUUCAGAGUCUUUUUUGGCCGGGUAAUUUGUGAUAAUGGCCGGAGAAGGAGGUGGCGGAGGGGCGGAUUUCUAUGCGGUGCUUGGAUUGAAGAAGGAAUGCAGCGCUUCAGAAAUCAAAAGUGCUUACAAGAAGCUUGCCCUGAAGUGGCACCCAGAUCGUUGCAAGGCCGAAGAUGCCAAGAAGAAAUUCCAGGCAGUCCAGCAAGCCUAUUCCGUGCUGUCGGACGAAAGCAAGAGAUUCCUGUACGACGUAGGAAUCUACGACUGUGAUGAUGACGACCAAGACGCAAAUGGAAUGGCGGACUUUGUGAAUGAAAUGGUGGACAUGAUGAGCCAAAUCCCAUCCAAUGAAAACGAGGAGGACUCCUUUGAGAAACUGCAGGAGAUGUUUGAGGAGGUGUUCCAAGGGGACCUAGGGUUCAGUUCUUUUUCAUCAUCUUGCUCCUCCCGAAGCGAGACACCAUCAUCAACUACGUGCUCGACUUCGUCGCACACAUCUGGUAGCAUUGAUAGUGGGAAUUCUACUAGCCAGAACAGCAACAACUUCAAGCGGCACGCUCCCGGAACAAGCUCUUACAGCUUCAAUCCUCAUGCCGCUACUCAAUUCGAAGGAUUUUGCCUAGGGGUUGGUUUUUAACCAUCAUUGUCAUUUAUGCCUAUAUGUAUGCAUUUGUUUUACCGUCGUAACUUUGUUGUUUGUAUUUUGGCUGGUUGGCGCAAUUUUGAAGAGGGAGGGAGCAUCCGGGAGGUGCCGGGAAGAGAAGAGGAGCCGGAGCAAGAACCUGGGUGGCAGGGGUAGGAAGCAAUAGGAUGGCAUGAAGCAGAAGUAGCUUGUGUAAUUGUACUAGUCUCGAUGGAGAGCAUUUCGGAAUUGAAUCAUAGGUCAAUCCACAGUUACUGUAAUUGGGAGUUUUUGUUGUGGGAACAAAGAAGUUCAGUACUUGCUGGACCUAAUUCGCCAGAAUUAAUGUCAAUGACUAACCACAGGAUAAAAGAGGUUAAUGAAUUAAACUUAAUCAAGUGGUGGACUAAUUACGUGCAUUACCGAUUAUUUAAGGGGGAAAAUCACUUGCAGAGUUGGAUUUUCUUUUUCUUUUUUUCAUUUUGUCUGAUGUUUAGGAGUGAGGGAACAAAACUACAAAAAGUUAACAGAAAUAAGUGAAGCUUAAUUAUUGAUGAACUUAAUUAAUAUAGUAUUUGGGGAAGGUUUGGGAGAAAGGAUGAUCCGGAGUGGUGGAAUAUGAUAGGACCGGACCAUGUUGGCCACUUGGUUUUUAACCCAGGUUGCCAACUUGCCGGCACCUGAACCUUCUUCUUCUUUUGUCCGAACCUAGCGUGGGUC